AUGACCUCGGACCUGCUCGUGCCGGAGACCCGGGUCCUUGCGAUAGCAAGUCAUGUGGUGUAUGGCUAUGUCGGCAACUCAAUGGCCACCUUUGUGAUGCAAUCCUUGGGAUGCGAAGUCGCUGCCGUGCAUACUGUCCACUUCAGCAAUCACACUGGUUAUAGACAAUUCAAGGGCACAAGAUCAACUGCUCAAGAGAUCGAGGAUCUUUACCAUGGCCUCAAGCAGAGCUACCUCACUGAUUUCGACGUCAUGCUAUCGGGGUACGCUCCCAGCGCCGCCGCGGUCGAAGCAGUGGGGGCCAUCGGCAUGGACCUACAAAAGAAAGCAGAGGGCAAGCCUGGCUCUUUUUUUUGGGUUCUCGACCCGGUCAUGGGCGACCAGGGACGACUGUAUGUGAACGACGACGUGGUCCCUGCAUAUAAGAAAAUCAUGCAUCACGCUGAUCUGAUCCUUCCCAAUCAAUUCGAAGCGGAAACUCUUUCCGGGAUCAAAAUCACAUCUCUCAGCAGCCUCGCGGAAGCCGUGACGGCCAUCCACAAGAUAUACUCUGUGCCACAUGUGAUCAUAACUUCUGUCCAACUUGCCAAACUCGUCUCUGCCAACCCUAGCUCAACGGAAGACGGGCCCUCGACCCUCACGGUCAUCGGAUCAACAAUCCGCUCGGACGGCUCCCCGCGUCUCUUCCACAUCGACGUCCCAGCCCUGGACUGCUUCUUCAGCGGCACAGGCGACAUGUUCGCCGCCACGAUGGUCGCGCGGUUACGCGAGGCCGUCGCCGCAGCCGGGCCAGCCCUAUGCUCCACCAAGUCCUGGGUCUCCCCGGACGAUGUGCCCGCCACGGCGCUGCCCCUCGCUCAAGCCACGGCAAAAGUCCUAGCAAGUAUGCACACCGUGCUGGAGAAGACGCUUGAGGCGCGUGAUGCAGAGAUGCGCUCUUCUUCUCCUUCUUCUUCUUCUUCUUCUUCCGACGAGGAGCAGAAGCGCGCAUACCUUCUUCUCACCAAGGCGUCGGAGGUCCGUCUAGUGCGCAACGUGCAAUACCUGCGGGAUCCGAUUGUGCAGUUUGAGGUGCAGGAGUGGAGGGAGUGA